AUGGAAAUUAAAGAGGAAGGGGCAUCAGAAGAAGGGCAGCACUUUCUUCCUACAGCUCAGGCCAAUGAUCCCGGGGACUCUCAAUUCACAAGUAUUCAGAAGACUCCAAAUGAACCACAGCUGGAAUUCAUCCUUGCAUGCAAGGAUCUCGUGGCUCCUGUCCGUGAUCGUAAAUUGAAUACACUGGUGCAGAUCUCAGUAAUCCACCCCGCGGAGCAGAGUCUGACAAGAUACUCCAGCACUGAAAUUGUGGAGGGAACAAGGGACCCACUGUUUUUGACUGGUGUCACAUUCCCAUCUGAGUAUCCCAUCUAUGAGGAGACCAAAAUAAAACUAACAGUCUAUGAUGUCAAGGAUAAGUCUCAUGACACUGUUCGAACCAGCGUCCUACCAGAACAUAAGGAUCCUCCGCCAGAAGUUGGGCGAAGUUUCUUGGGCUAUGCCAGUUUUAAAGUGGGAGAGCUACUGAAGUCAAAGGAGCAAUUGCUGGCCCUGAGCCUGAGAACUUCAGAUGGUGGCAAAGUGGUUGGCACCAUAGAAGUCAGUGUCGUGAAGAUGGGGGAGAUUGAAGAUGGGGAAACUGACCACAUCACCACAGAUGUACAGGGACAAAAGUGUGCCCUCGUAUGUGAAUAUACAGCCCCAGAAAGUGUGAGCGGAAAAGAGAACCUGCCUUUUUUGAAUUCAGUGUUAAAGAACCCAGUAUGUAAAUUAUAUAGAUUUCCCACAUCUGACAAUAAGUGGAUGCGAAUUCGAGAGCAGAUGUCAGAGAGCAUUCUUUCUUUUCAUAUUCCUAAGGAAUUGAUUUCCCUUCACAUUAAAGAAGAUUUGUGCAGAAACCAGGAGAUAAAAGAACUUGGUGAGCUUUCACCACAUUGGGACAAUCUGCGAAAAAACGUCCUUACUCACUGUGAUCAAAUGGUGAAUAUGUACCAAGACAUUCUGACAGAACUUAGCAAGGAAACAGGAUCCUCUUUCAAAUCAAGCAGCAGCAAAGGAGAGAAAACAUUAGAAUUUGUUCCAGUAAAUCUACAUCUGCAGAGAAUGCAGGUACACAGCCCUCACUUGAAAGAUGCUCUCUACGAUGUCAUCACUGUGGGAGCCCCAGCUGCCCAUUUUCAGGGAUUUAAGAAUGGUGGUCUGCGGAAACUACUCCAUAGAUUUGAAACAGAGAGAAGAAAUACUGGGUACCAGUUUAUUUACUAUUCACCUGAAAACACAGCCAAAGCAAAAGAAGUUCUCAGCAACAUCAAUCAACUACAACCUCUUAUAGCAACGCAUGCAGACCUACUACUUAAUUCUGCAAGCCAGCAUUCUCCAGACAGCUUGAAGAAUUCUUUAAAGAUGCUUUCAGAAAAAACAGAGCUCUUUGUACAUGCCUUCAAGGAUCAACUCGUCAGGAGUGCUCUUUUAGCCCUCUACACUGCAAGGCCAGGAGGUAUUCUUAAGAAGCCGCCCUCUCCUAAGAGCAGCACAGAGGAGAGCAGUCCCCAAGACCAGCCCCCACUGAUGAGAAGACAGGACUCCAUACCACAUCAUUCAGACUACGAUGAGGAAGAGUGGGACAGGGUGUGGGCCAAUGUGGGGAAGAGCCUGAACUGCAUUAUCGCUAUGGUGGACAAACUGAUUGAAAGAGAUGGUGGCAGUGAAGGCAGUGGCGGCAACAAUGAUGGAGAAAAGGAACCUUCAUUAGCAGACGCCAUCCUCUCUCACCCAAGAGAGGACUGGUAUGAACAGUUGUAUCCCCUCAUCCUUACCCUGAAGGACUGCAUGGGAGAAGUGGUGAACCGAGCCAAGCAGUCCCUGACGUUUGUGCUCCUUCAGGAACUUGCAUACAGCUUGCCCCAGUGUCUGAUGCUGACGCUAAGAAGAGACAUCGUCUUCAGUCAAGCACUUGCUGGAUUGGUUUGUGGUUUUAUCAUCAAAUUACAGACAAGUCUGUAUGACCCAGGCUUCCUACAGCAGCUUCACACAGUGGGGUUGAUAGUACAAUAUGAAGGACUGCUGAGUACAUACAGCGAUGAAAUUGGAAUGCUAGAGGACAUGGCUGUUGGCAUUUCCGAUUUAAAGAAAGUCGCAUUUAAAAUAAUUGAAGCCAAAUCCAACGAUGUCUUGCCAGUUAUAACAGGAAGACGAGAACAUUACGUGGUAGAGGUCAAGCUUCCAGCCAGAAUGUUUGAGUCACUGCCUCUACAGAUUAAAGAAGGGCAGUUGCUUCAUGUGUAUCCCGUACUCUUUAACGUUGGAAUCAACGAACAGCAAACUCUGGCUGAGAGGUUUGGAGAUGUCUCUUUGCAAGAAAGUAUUAAUCAGGAAAACUUUGAACUUCUACAAGAAUAUUACAAGAUAUUUAUGGAAAAGAUGCCUCCUGAUUACAUUUCGCAUUUUCAGGAACAAAAUGAUUUAAAAGGAUUACUAGAAAAUCUCCAUCAAAAUAUCCAAUCCAAAAAAAGAAAGAAUGUAGAAAUUAUGUGGCUGGCUGCAACGAUUUGCCGCAAACUAAACGGUAUUCGUUUCACCUGUUGUAAAAGUGCCAAAGACAGGACAUCGAUGUCAGUGACACUUGAACAGUGCUCCAUCCUGAGAGAUGAGCACCAGCUGCACAAGGACUUCUUCAUCCGAGCACUGGAUUGCAUGAGAAGUCCUGCAACUUGAGACCCUAUGAGUGUGGAGGCCAUAGUCCAGAACAGCCAUCAGCUUUAUUUACACCUUUUCGAGUCAACCACUUCUUUCAACUCCCAAAAUUAUUAACUAAGUGCCUAGACAUAGAAGGAUGUGAAACCUUAUAUUUUAACUUAAUAAAAUCAAAUGAAAUAUAAAUGAAUCUAACGGAAACAAAUAAAUUUAACUUCUUCCACAAACACAGGUUUUUAAAUCCAGAAAGACCUGGAGUUUAUUCCUUAUUCUAACACUAAAUAUCUGUGCAGUGGUGGACACAUUGAUUAAUCUCAAUGCCUCAGUUUCCUAAUGUUUAACGGUGAGAUAAUGCUCCAUUGCUCUCUUGUGAGUGUUGUGAUAAAUGAGAUCACUUACUUAAAGUCUCUGUACCCAGUGGGCAUGAAGUGCUGUGCUGAGAAAUGUUACCCUUUGUCUCUACACUCUUCCCAUCUCUGUCUACCCCGCUUGUUCUUCCUUAUCCCAUUUUUCUUUACAAGUGCCUUCUUGAAUAUUGCUAAAAUACGGGAGUUCUCCUGGUCUUUGAGGCCUUAGGAAAAAAGUCUCAGGAUUAACAUUUGGUUUCUAAAAGGCUUAAACUGUCUCUCAGUGACAGUAGGCUAGAAGGUUUGGAAAUCUUGCCAGAGCCCUAGUGAUAGCAUCAGGGAAUCUAGGAGCAGCUAAGCUUAGAGUUGGGGUUAGUGCACAUCUGGGGCCCUAGAGAGCAGCACUCAGCACUCAGCACUCAGUUGGUGGACUAGUGAGUAUCUAACUCCUGAAUGCCCACAGCUUUUAUUAACAAGUUAGGAUAUCCUGUAAUUAAUGUGUCAAGAGCCCCACCUCGGGAGGUGAGUUGGGAAAAUCCAUCAUGAAUAGAAAUAUGUGGUCGUCAUUUUCAUAGUCAAAAGUGAACCUCUUUUGCAUGUCUACUAUGGCAGAGUACCAUGCUAAACAAAGGGAGAAAUACAUUUGAAAUCAAUGAGGACUUACUAUGGGCUAAGAGUAACAAUAAGCAUCCUAUAUGGGGAACCUUAAUUCCCACAACAACCAAAUCAGAUAAAUGAAUCCAGAGCAUAGGAAUUGUUCACUAUUAAGUGCUUCACAGUACGCAGGAGGUGUCCUCGAGAAGGUAGAAUUUUAACUGUGUCUUGAGGAUGAAUACAAUUUAGGUAAGUUGCCAGGAGUUAGGAAAAUCUAUAUUAGAAUUAUUUAAGUGGAUAAGAGUAAAAUUAUCUAAGUGGAUAAAAGUAAUACUUAUUCAUUCAUCACACUUGUCAAGUGGUUUUGCUUACAUAAAUGGGAUCACACUGUGUUUCAUAUUGAACCACUUAUCUUUUUCAGCAAAUACUAAGUUUUUGAGAUAUGUGUUUAUGUUACAUCUGGUUGUCUCCUUUAAAACUUGUAUGAUACUCUUUUGUAUACAUAAUUAAUUUUAGAUAAUGGCAAAACAUCAGAUGUACCAAUUUUAGGUAAAAAGCAUCAGAUGUUUUGCCAUUACCAACAAUACUGUAAUAGACAUUCUUACAUGUAUAUCCAUGUAUAGAAACCCAUAGGUAGAAUGGGUGGUAAGGCAUUUGUAUCUUUAAUUUUGCUAGAUGCUGCCAGGUUGCUUUUCCAAAUAGCUAUACUAAUUUAAAAGCCACAAGCCAUGCAUAUUGUGUUCUCCUUUUCCUACACAUCCCAAUACUUGUACUGUAAGAGUUUUUAAUCAUCUGAUGGAUGAAAAGUGCUAUCUUUGUUUAAUUUAUAUUUUCUCAGUAACAUAAAAUAAGAUUAAAUGUCUGUCUAAACAUUGAUUGGCCAUCCAGAUUCUCACUCACCUCAUCUUCAGUGUUUUAUAUAAUGGGGUUUUGCACAUAAUUGCAAAUUAGAAAAGGAUUCCAGCAUUUAUAAACCAUUGGCCUAUUGUAUAUAAGGUAUGUUUUAGAAUACAGUGUUUCAGGAGUGGUAUGGUUUAUUAAAAAAUAUGUUUUAUUUUUAUUUUUUAAAUGAAAGCACAGUGGAAUAAGACAGGAGCAUCCCUUGGGUUUGGACAGAGAAUGCAUCAUGUUAUGACAGGAGUGUGAGACAUGAUGUCAGGCUUUUUAGCAGGGAAGGGGGCAGGCCUCCACUUUAGACAAGGGAAGGAAAUUUCCAGCUGAGAAACAAAACUCUACAGUUGAUUAGGGAGAUGAUUGAUGCCUUUGCACUUGGAAAAUAAAGUGUAGCAAGAACUAGUCCAAUAAAGGUCUUGUUUUCAUCAAAGAAGGCUGAGAUGCAGGCAGCCCAAACCUGAAUGAUCUAUGGAGAGCAGUUAUGCCAAAACCUAGAGGGUCUGUUUAUGCCCCAGAACGUUGAGACAAGAGAAUCAAGGAAGUAAUUUUCAUUUCACCACCUCAUGAUUUUUUUCUACAAACACCAACUGCCUUGUCCUAGGCAAUGAUAUCCAUGAAUUCACAUACUCAGUGUGCCUGUUAUAUUUGUCCUCACACACAUAAAACAAAAUCCAAAAAUAUUAAUUCAAUGAAUUAUCAGUAUAUUGUCUGAAAAUUAUUGUCUUCCAUCAGAACGCUUGCUAUACUCUGGUAAACACUGUCAUAGAAUGCUUUCAUCCCUUCUAACUUGAGUAAUGGUUAUAGUGCUCUAGACACUAGUUCAAGAGAAUGAAUUGGAUGGCUUCACAGGCCAAUUUCUAAAGAAAACUGGACUGGGUGGCAACCAUAUUUAUGAAUAGGCACCCAAAAUGUUGCAAGUUUUUCUCCUGAUCCGAAGACCACAGAUGACAGAGAAGUUCAAAUGCUAGGCAUGGUAUAUUAAUGCGCAAAGGAUAAUGGCCUAAAGCCUUAGGAGCAAAACUGCAUUAUGCAUAAUUUUACCACAUUCUCUUCCAUUUAGUGAGCAUAUAAGAACUUAUCUGAGUGUGACUGACAUCAUUAUGGGGAUCAAAACUGUUAUAAAGCAUAUCAUUUGAAAAUAUUUUAUUUUAUUAGUAGUAACAAAUCACAUGUGAUAUCUCUCAAGUAUCACAGCAUUAUUUGGGGAGUAAUCACUGCUCUGAAUACUCUAAAAUCUAACAAUUAAGCCAGCUCAGCAGAGAGCAGGCUGCCUCACUGUGGCACAUAAAGUGGUCAAGAGGAAGGACUUUGGAAUUAGACUGCAUGGUUUCUCCACUUCUUAGCAGCCGGAAUGAAAUUCUCAGAGGCGUUAGGUUCUUUAUCUGUAAAAUGAAACAAUGUACAUAAAGAAAUCAGCAACUGGGUAUGGUUUAUAGUAGGUAGUUGGUAAAGUCACACUGUUAUAGUGAUAAUUUCACCAGCAUCCUCAUCUAAUAGGGUUGUCUUGAAUGCUAAAAGAAACAGUGCUCACUGAUGUUCUUAAUAUAGUACUUGUUACACAGUAAAGAUCAGUAAAUAUUAAAUGCUGCCUUAGCUAUUGCUGACGUGUGGUGAUGAUUGCUGUUAUUGCUGCUAUUAUUGCUUAUUUGUAAUGGCAGCAGGAGCUAUUACAAGUAGCAUUAUCCUAUCAUGUUGCUUUUACUAAAACAAUAGCAGCUUCCUAUCACAUUGUUUUUACUAAACUGUGAAUGGCUAUGAUGUCCUCAAACUAUAUUGAGGAAAGUUAAAAAAAAAAAA